AUGUCUGGCCAGGAAAAUGGCAAGAACAAAUCCCUUAAACAGCCCAAGAUGCCGUCAAGGAGGUGGAUGAGGAAGAGAAAGCUUUCCACAGAAACAAAAAAAGAAGGCAUGAAACUCUGGGAGCUAAAAGCACUGGCAGCAGGGAAGGGUCCCCUAGCCACAGGUGGCAUUAAGAAAUCUGACAAAAAGUAA